UUUUGGCUCUUCCCACAUUCUAGCGGGGAGAUUCGAGUGCGCCCAGAGGCAGCGGAGGGGAAGAAGAGGAAGGGGGGCAAGGAAAGAAGGAAGAUGAGCGGGAGCGGGAAGAAGGUGGCAGAGAUGGCGGCGAAGGCCGGGAGGGCGACCAUCGACUGGGAGGGGAUGGCCAAGCUCCUCGUCACUGAGGAUGCCCGGCGGGAGUUUGCCAACCUCCGCCGCGCCUUCGACGAGGUCAAUCACACCCUCCAGACCAAAUUUAGCCAGGAACCUGAGCCCAUAGACUGGGAUUAUUACAGAAAAGGGAUUGGUUCUCGAUUGGUGGACAUGUAUAAAGAAGCCUUUGAGAGCAUAAAGAUCCCCAAAUUUGAGGACACAGUGACACCGCAGUACAAACCCAAGUUUGAUGCCUUGUUGGUGGAACUCAAAGAAGCUGAGGAGAAAUCACUAAAAGAAUCUGAAAGAUUGGAGAAAGAAAUUGCGGAAGUCCAGGAGUUAAAGAAAAAGAUCAGCACGAUGACGGCUAAUGAAUACUUUGAGAAGCAUCCUGAGCUCAAAAAGAAGUUUGAUGAUGAAAUUCGAAAUGAUUACUGGGGUUACUGAUCCCUGUUGGUUGAAUCGGCAAAAUAACUGGUCCUAGCUGCUUCCUGAGUUCCUUUCAUAUUUUGUUUGCAAAUAAAAUGUGAUAUACAGUGCCUUGUUCAGAUUUUUUUUUCUCCUCAUGGUAUUCCAUGUUAGAGAGAUUUUACCGAACAUAUAUCUAUUAGAGGCUCAUGAAGCCCUUAACUGCA